AUGUCGAAGCGCAAAAUGGCCCAGCCAGACGAAUUUCCGGCCGGAAUUUCCUGGGCUGAUGAACCACAGAAGCGUACCAAACCCAAUGCUACUGAAGACGAUAUUGAAAUGGAAGAUGCCACUAGCGACCAUGCCGAAUUUGAAUCUGGGGAACAUAAAGCGGUAUCCGACGGAAUGGACAUUUACCGUACGAAUAUCGCAGCCGCUUUUCCUCGAGAGAUGAUCGAAGAACUUGGUAUUCCAAAGUUAUUGGCAAGACUCUGGGAUAGCCCCACCCCGUCACAUUUCAACGACGACUUGGGUGUUGUAUAUAUCGUCACGAAUUCCACCAUCAACAGAUACGAAUACUUUGAAAAUCCCGAAGAGCUUCACAUUGGGAAGGUAAAGUUAGAAAUUGAGGGGACGUAUAACACUGCCAAGGCUGCCAACUCGCGAGUCAUGGAAGUAUUCCACGAUACCUAUAAGGCACAUGGCUGGGAUCUCAAUCGUGAGAUGGAUAGAGUUGAGAAGAACGAGUAUCCUAAACCUGGUAAAGUCGAAUGGUGGAUAGAUUCGGAUGGCCUCUUGUCGCUGCGGGCUGCCAAUGGGCAGAGCAACGAACUUUGUCGAGUCCGCGCCACUAAAGAGCAGAUCAAGAUGCAAUGGCGUCCCAGGGAGUGGCAGUCUGACCCUAGCAAAAUACACGGUAUUAGACCGGCUACUAAUAACUGGCACUGGUUUUCUAGUCUAGACGCAGACUGGUAG